AUGGACAUCCUGCGACGCGCCAACCAGGAGGUUCCACCCGAGUUGUAUGAGCUCAUGAGCCGCGGCGGCGGUGGCGGUUACCGUGGUGGACGCAACGGCGGCUACCGUGGCGGCCGCGGCCCUCCGAUGGGCCACAGCGGUGGCUACCGUGGCGGCUACAACGCACGCCCCUACGCCCCGUACGGAGCUGCUGCUGCUGCACCGCCACCAGCCAUGCCGUACGCCAGUGGUUAUCCAAUGGAACUGCGUCCACACGUCGGUGUGGGUGGCGCGUACGGCCCGCCGCCAACAAUGGCAGCAACAGCGCCCGCCAUGCCACUCAAUGCGCCGUGGGGCAGUGGUGCGCCACAGCCCCCUUACGCAGGGGAGAAGCGCGGUCGUGACUCUCCCGACUACCGGCAAGCUGACAGCCGCGAUCGCUACCGCCGCCGCUCACGCUCACGCUCCCGCUCUGGUAGUCGCCAACGACGUCACGGCUCUGACGACAAGUACCG